UAGAUUUCUCUCCUCUUCCUCGAAUCCAAGCCUAUUUGUUCAAUUGCCCAUUAGCCUAGCUAGCUGUGCACCUCAUCUCUUUCAUCUGAUCAUUUGGUUUCUUAAAAAAAAAACACUGGGAAAAGCAAGAAUGGGUCGUGGAAAGAUCGAGAUCAAGAAGAUCGAGAACGCUACAAACAGGCAGGUUACCUAUUCAAAGCGAAGGAACGGUCUUUUCAAGAAAGCUCAAGAGCUCACUGUUCUCUGUGAUGCUAAGGUUUCCUUGAUCAUGUUCUCCAGUACUGGAAAGUUCCACGAGUUCCUUAGCCCUAAUAUCACGAAAAAAGGGUUUUUUGAUCUAUAUCAAAAGACUCAGGGAUUGAUCUAUGGAACCCACUACGAGGUUAACAAAUGUCUCUGCUUUCAAUGUUCAAGCUUAUGGACCAUUUUCUCUCUCUCUUUUAGUUGUGAUUUUUUUAAUGUUUUGGCAGAGAAUGCAAGAAAAUUACAGGAGGUUGAAGGAUAAACAAUAAGCUGAAAAGAGAGAUCAGGCAGGAUGGGUGGAGAUUUGAAUGAACUUAACAUUAAGGAACUGCAAGCUCUCGAGGCUAAGAUGGAUUCUGCCUUGUGGCUAUUCGAGAGAGAAAGUACUAUGCCAUUAAAACGCAAACAGAUAAACAUAGAAGAAGGUAAGGAUUUGGAGGAAAGGCAUGCAAAUCUUGUGCUGAACUUGGAGACAAAGCUUGAGCGUCAGGAUGGAAUAGUUGAAAACGGAGGAUAUGAAUCAGCCAUGGGAGUUGCAGCCAAUGGAGCCUCUAAUAACUUAUAUGCCUCCGGCUGUACCAAACCACCAGCCUCAACUUCUUCAACACGGAACUAAUGACCUGCGCCUUGCUUGAUGCGGUGGUACCAUAAUACUAAAUGCCGGUGGUAAAACAGUAUGGAACCGUCUGCAACUUAGAAAUAUAGUUAUUUUUAGAAAAUAAAGCGUACGUCAUAACUUCUGCAACAUCCGUAAACAUGAUACCAUCAUCGUAUCCAACCGAGUUUAGUACUAUGGAGAGGUUCUCUGAGGACAACUUGUUCAUAAUUUUAGAUUAUAUUUAGUCUACAUCUCUUUUAUCUGUAUAUAUAUAUAUAUAUAUGUGUGUGUGUGUUGUGGAAAGUUGAAUAAUUUCUCGUCUGCUGGCGACUGGAAGUAGCGAGAUUUUCAGUGUGCCUUGUGUCAUUCUCAUCUAAGAU